AUGUUGUCGUACGGUGUACCGAUAGGGAGCUGCGUAACCCUUGGAGGUGUGAUCUGCUCACUCAUCGCCAUCAAUGCCAUCAUUCAGCAGAUUGACGACAUGCGCGAUGAGAUCGUCUCAGGAGUGGAAGAGAUGAAGGCCCUGUCCGACGACGCAUGGACACGUCUUGUCAUACUGAACGCCAAGCAUGGACGCUCCAACAUCAUGGAAACAUUUGCUUCCAUCGUCGCCCGUCACAAGAGAUCUUACGAAUCCUACUGCAACUGUGGCGUAGAGUCACAAGGUUGCCCCCCUGGACCACCUGGACCACCUGGAGUUCCAGGCAAACGUGGAGAGCAAGGCAGCCCAGGCGAACCAGGACGUCCAGGAGCUAGUGGAAUAUCUCUUGUCGUAACGCACGACAUCCCAGGAGGAUGUAUUCAGUGCCCUCCCGGACCGCCAGGCCUAGACGGAGCAGAUGGGCCUAUUGGUGAACCCGGAUAUCCCGGUUCUCCUGGACAGAUGGGAGAAGCCGGUUCAGAUGGCACACCUGGUGAAGCAGGACCUUCCGGAGAUGCAGGAAAUCCAGGUCUUCCUGGACUUGAAGGAAACGCUGGACAACCUGGCCAUGAUGGACUGAUUGGGGCUCCAGGCCAAGAGGGAGCUCAAGGAGCGCCCGGUUGGCCUGGAGCACCUGGAGGACCAGGCAAGAAUGGAGAGCCAGGAGAAGACGGCGCACAAGGUCCUCCAGGACCACCGGGCCCACCAGGUUUCCCAGGUAAGAAUGCGGAUGACGGAACCCCAGGAGCCCCUGGAAGAGAUGGUGCUAUCGGAGAGGACGCAAACUAUUGCCCAUGUCCUGCUCGCAGUGAGAAGAAGAACUGA